ACCAAACAAACACUCAAACAAACAACAAGCAUACUGUCACACUCUACCCGCGGCUCAACAAAUAAAAAAAUAUGCCAAAAGAAAAAGAACGCAGUUUAGUUUUUAAUUAUUUCCUUUUGUAUAAACAGCAACAUAAAUCGAGAUAGAAAAAUGUGUAGCGCCCUCAACGUUCAUUAGAAUAAUGAGCAAAGUGUCAUGGCGGCUUUUGAAGAAUGAAAAUUUGUUUCCCAGCGUGAAAAUUAAUUUGAGGUUUGGAAGCCUGGUGAAGACUGUCACUUUCCAGAACUGUUUGGGAAAAAAACCUUUGACACAAAGUCAUGAUGGAUCCGGACCUAGAUGAGAUGGACUUCAGCUUCUCUUGUAAUAAGUGCAGUUUCACCACCAAGGACAUGGUAGAGAUCAAGAAGCAUAUGUUUGGUCACAAGAAUCAUGGGAAAGAUCUAAGUCAGAAGGUGGCAGAAGCAGGAUCAAGCCAAACUGAUGCAUCACUCAACAACUCGGCAGUAGAGUCUCAAGAUCAAGACAAAACCACACCUCCCAGUAAAGACAAACCGGAGAAAAAAACAUCUCAAAGCGAGCCGAUCAAUUUACCCAAAGACACGCCCACGUCCCCAUCACCAACUCAACAGACUCUGAGUGACAGCGUCGAGACGUCAUCUCCACCUGAAUUGAGCGAUGGUGAUAGUCUUGAGCUACCAGCCGCUCAAGACGAAAUUUCGAGGAAGCUGAUUGAAGGAGGAGUAACAAUUGAAGGUGUACAAGCUGCUCUUGGGAUCCCCACGAAGGGGUUUCAGCCAACUGGAUCAGGCAGUAAGGAAACAGGCGCUACAACUCAAGAGACGGGCCCAGACACCAUCGCUAACCGCAUCCACUCGCGUCAUCGCGAGAGACCAACCCCUAAGAAGUCGCAAGACAUCCCGGAAGAUGACGAUGCUGAUUUCAUCCCGUACAAACCCGCAAAGCGUGUUGUAUCACGGAUGAAGCGAAAGCAACGCGGCAACACGUCAGCUCUUAAAAAGCUGCAAGUAAAGUUCAAAGCCCGGGCUGAGAGGUCGGCGAAUGCAUUUAAAUGUGAGCAUUGCCACUUUGUCUGUAAGUUCAAACAGAUACUGACGGCCCAUAAGAGGGGGGCGCAUCCAGAGAUAUAUCUGAAGGAGCAGGAAAAGACAAGGGAUGAGGGAGAUGGUCAAGAUGGGGAAGAGGAGGAAAAUGGAGACAAUGAGUUGACCAAUCGGGAGGGAGGAGCACUAGACGAGGCCCAAAGCCACCUUGACAACGAUCGCUACAAGUGUUCCCGCUGCACCACUUUCUUCUGCCGCUUCAAGAAAGACCUCAAAGAGCAUGAGAACAAAGUCCACGGAAUCCCAACAGUGGCUUACAAAUACCAAUCGCGCAUCCGGGAGGAUCGCUACCAAUGCUCUGAGUGUGACUUUGUGUGCAAAUUUCAACGGUCCUUAAGAAUGCAUGAACGUUAUGAACACCCCAAAGAAGUCAAGAUUCCAGAGAAAGUGAAGAAGGAGAAGAAAAUCGCCGAAGAUCGCUACCGCUGUGGUGACUGUGACUUUAGCUGUAAGUUCAAAGGUCAAAUGAAAGCUCAUCGGAACAAGAAUCACAAGAAGGAACGACCGCCGCGGGUUGUGCGAGAACAGCAGUGCGAGUUCUGCCAUAAGUUCAUACAAGGUACCAUGCACCACUACAAGAGACACUUGAAGACCCACACCGGGGAUAAACCCUACAAAUGCUCCAUCUGCGAGGCCGUCUUCGGUGAUCAGAGUAGACUGAAUGCUCAUGCGCCAAUCCACCGCGAGGAGCGCAACUACCUCUGUGAUCAAUGCGGGAAAGCAUUCAAACGCGCCAUCAACCUCCGCAUGCAUCGCAAGGUUCAUCUUGUAGUGCGCCCUCACGGUUGCACUUUAUGUAAUUAUCGUUGUAAACGCCAUGACACCCUGAAUCUUCACAUGAAGAGGAAGCACCUGAAAAUCCGGCCGAUUCUCUGCGACACUUGCGGAAAGAAGUUCUUCAGCGAGAAAGAGUGUCAGCUUCACGCGGCUCGGAAACACCUGCCCCGUCCGACGCCAUUCCAGUGCACAUUCUGCACGGCGGCGUUCCCGUUUGCGUAUAAUCUACGUGCGCAUAUGAAGAAACAUCCAGAGCACAAGCCCUUCAGGUGUGAGUUCUGUAGCUUUGAGUCCAGAUCAAAGGCGAGUCUUCAAGACCAUGAAAAGAUGCAUACAGGCGAGAAACAGAAGAAAUGCGAGUUGUGCGACUACACCACCAGCACCAGCAGCAACCUGUACAAACAUCGCAAACGCCAACACGGCAUCAUGAACAGUUCUCGUACCAAAACACCCCGCGCUCGCCCCGUAGAAAGACACCCCUCGCUAAACCCACCCAUCGUCCUCCACGAGACCGCGCAACGAUCCCUACCGAAUACACCUCAGCCGAUAAUGCUACCAAACACCGACGGUCACCCUCAUCUACACCAAGCUCAGCACCAGGGGUCCCAAAUGACCUCCAGAGUUCAAGGGUCAACGUCAGCUCCACCUGCCCUCAAAACCCUUAGCGUCUAUGACGACGUCGAUUUCAAAGAUCGUCGACAGAUCAUCUACGCCCGGGAGAAGUCUCUGAUUGGGUCGGUGAUUACGGAGGCGUUAGCUGAAGCGAGACAUGCCGUGCAGAGUGAGCUCUAUAGCGGUCAUUUGAUCCCGUCAACAAUGGCUGCUUCAGGACUCUCCCACCCGCCGCUGCCCGUCGCGACGACCAUGACGCCCUCGCAUGGCGGGAUGGUACCGGCCGAGACGAUUAUUCACGGCGGGAUACCAACGAGUGUCAGCAGUGGAAUGACUUCGCCAGGGGCCACCAGCAUGUUUAGCAAUAUGAUGAAUCUACAUUAUUGAUAUGCAUCAUUAGUAAUUAUACACUCAUGAAUAUGCAUGAUUUGAGAUGUGCACAGCCACAACCAUGAAUACACUCGAUACCAAAUACAGGGCUAGCGUUUUUUGUGAAAUCGUUGGCUCGGAGAUAUUUUCACUCGUCGGGGGCCAGCGGGCCACUGUUCAUUUCGACCCCUGACAACAGAUGAAUAUUGAGUAACUCUUUGCAGAUCUUGUAUUCCACAAACUCCUGACUUUUUAUUCAUCGUUGACACAGCAAUUGUUAAUUGUUCCCAUUCAUUGACAUAACUUCUACAUCAGUGGUUUUCAAAUAUGGACAAAAACAAGUGAUUAUGGCUGUGUACUAGUCAUAGAAUAUGCAAAUUAAUUAAAAUUUACCCUUUUUUUUUUAGUUGGAUGGGUAGUGCAAAACUGUGGUUUUUUUUUUAAUGAAAAAUGCAAUGAAUUUUAAUCAACUGCCAGAAUUUAAACUAAUUAUUGUUUUUUUGAUAUCUACUGAUUUAGUAUUUUUAUGAAACACUUAAACCUCUUUGGCAACUAGGCAACCUUACUGGACAAAUCUUGGGAAUUUUUAUUCACCUCACUCUAAAAAUUAAUGGCAACAAAAACUUUUUGUUUAAAUAAAAGCCUGCAGCAGCUUUCAAUUGAUAGCAUUUUGAG